UACACUAAAGGUUAAGCUAUAAGCUAAGGAUAAAGCCUAUCUUAUUUAAAAAAUCCUUUUCCUUUUCUUUAUAUCUUAUAAAGAAAAGGAUAAGCUUAUCUUAUCCUUAUUGGAUAAGGCUAAUGGCUGCUGCUACCUACCACUCAAGCAGUUCAUCUUAUGUGGUGUGGAUUUGGGUUAAUGGUCAAAAUAUCUCUAUACCUUUCUCUCCAGACAUCUCUUACAACAUAGAGAGAGAAUACCAGCUCAAGAAACCAACCUACACUCUACCAAAAACUGGAGAAAUAGUGGACUUAACACAAUCCACUUAUGUACAUGUACAUACCAAAAGAAGAUAUGCCAUAAGACGUGAGCUUCUCUACCUCCCUCCUUCCCCUGAUAUCAAUGGCUACUGGGAAUGGGACAGUGGUCGUGGCGUCUUCUUAUCAUAUGCUGUUGCUGCUAGUGUGGAUAUUGAACUAGUUUAUACCAGAGGGUUCCCAUCAAUUGAUUUAGCAAAGUGUGCCUCUAACAUACCAUAUUAUAUCGAUUUAAAGAGACAAGUACAGCGUCGUCAUGGUUAUGGUACUGAGAGAAAAAUAAAAAGAAUACAUUUACCUUAUUCACUUCAAAGUUACUUGAUAGACCAAUCAAAACACUCCGUACUACCGACUGUUGGUUAUGCAGCUCCAGCUGCUACUAUGAUUGCAAGUUCUAAAGCUUCAACAAGAGGUUCUUCUUCAUCAAUGAAAUCAAAAAAGAAGAGCAGUAGUCCCAUGAUCACUGCUAGCAGCAGCAGCAGCUGUGCACCAACUGUCCAUCCCUCCUCUUCAAUUGGAAAACCUUUAGGACACAGAGAGACUCCGGCUUAUAAAUCUGGAGCUGUUAGCAGCUGUCAUGUAGAAACAAGAAGCAAAUUAAGAAAAAUCCAAGCACUAGAUGACACUUUGCUGACUCCUCUGGGGCCGUUAAAGGAAUUUGUUAAAAGAGUAACUUCUCUUAAUUUUGGAGAAAAUGGACCUUGCCCAAUAUGUAUGAAUAAUUUGAAUGAAGAGUCGGGAUUUGAUGAUGACAGUACACCCUCCCCUUCCUCAACGUCAUCUUGUGAUGUUUGUAAAUUAAGGAAAUGUGGACAUAUGCUGCACAGAUCGUGUCUGAUCACUUACUCCAAGAACUCAACUGAUGCUAAAGGUUGUUUAAGAUGUCCUACAUGUAAGGUCAUUCAUGGUGUCAAGAGAGGAGACAUGCCCUCCACUGGGACCAUGACAGUAUCAAAGAAGCGAUACUCUCUACCUGGACAUCCAAGAUGCGGUACCAUUGAGAUUGUCUACAGCUUUCAACCAGGAGUACAAAAUGGAGUCAACUACAGAGCAAAUGGUUUUCCACGUACUUGUUAUCUCCCUGAUUCAAGCAAAGGACAAAAAGUUUUACAGCUAUUAAGAGUAGCAUGGGAGAGACGUCUUACAUUCACGAUAGGUACUUCAGUUACAACUGGUGCUACUAACACUAUCGUGUGGAAUGAAAUACAUCAUAAAACCGAGUCUACUUCAAACCACAGUGGUCAUGGCUACCCAGAUGAAAACUAUCUUGAUAAUGUACUCGCUGAAUUAGCAGCUCAGGGAGUGACAGAGAGAGAGGAGUGUGGAGGAGGUGGUGAUGGUGAAUCUAGUGAUGAUGACCUUUAGUAACCACAUUAUUGUUUUAUGUCAAUAAUUUACUUUAUAUAAUAAUUAAUAAUCAUUAA